CUUUCCACUAUUUUCAUCUUCGUUUCCAACACCAAUUCCCAUUUCAGGCCACCGCCGCCGUUGCCAUCGCCGGCCGGUGGUGCCACCGCCGCCUCAACCUUCACGAUCUCGAGUUGAGCUUGAGCUGGGUCCGUUGACCCUGAGCUCAAGCUCGGUUGCUCCUGCGAGCAAUUCGUCGAACAAAUUGUGUGCAAGUUUCCAGAAUCCAAGCAAUCGAGCACAUCGUGAGCAAUGCAUCGACAUCUAUUCAGGGCUGCUCGCCCUUCGCUUUCCAACACUUAUAAAUUUGCAAGAGAAGUGCAGAGAGUCUGGAAAAACAAUGAUUCUGAGAGAACACACUCAUCGCACUCUUUAUGGAGCUCGCAAGAUUACAAUCAGUUUGGGCUUUGCUCCCUGUCAGAAUCUCGAUCUUUACAGAAGCAAAUCAUUGAUGCUCUUCAUUGUGGGGAGAGAGAAAGAGCUUCUGAGAUGCUUUUGAAACUUAGUCAGGAGGGUGGUUGUUUAGGUGCUGACAGUUUUACCUUUAUUUUGGAAUAUUGUGCACGCACUCCUGAUCCCAUGUUUGUUAUGGAGACUUGGCAAGUGAUGAAACAAAAGGCCAUUGAUGUGAACAAAAGGUCCUGCAGAUAUAUUACUCAAGCUUUCAUUAGAGGUGGUUAUUUUAAAGAGGCAUUAAAAUGGCUAACUUUUCUUGGGGAAAAUGAUCAUGUUAAUGUGUUACCUGUGCAUAAUAUGUACUUAAAAGCAUGUGGAAAUGCAAAAAGAUUAGCUGAUGCUGACUGCUGUUUGAAGCUGAUGGAGAGCAGGCAUCUUGGAAAGUCUGAAAUAACCUAUUGGGAGCUUCUUAAGCUUGCAGUAUUGCAGAAGAACCUGUCUGCUGUGCAUGAGAUCUGGCGAGAUUGCAUUAGGUACUAUAGCCCUAGCAUCAUAAUUCUAAGGAAGUUCAUCUGGUCUUUCACAAGGUUACACGAUCUGCAAUCAGCACACCAUGUGUUACAACGUAUGGUGGCUCUUGUUAACCAAGGGAUAUCCUCCAUUAAAACAUCUACUACAGGAAGGUAUCAAUCUUCAAGAUUAGAUAUUCCUAUUCCCUUAAUGGAUGAUAUACCCAUUGAAAGACUGCAGUUGAAGGGCAGUGGACACUCUUUAAGUUCAUCAACUGGGGGAUGUUUAGAGGAAACAAAAGGAGGUUUCCAGCAGCAAAACAUGAAUACACCCUACAUGGAAAACCCAUUGCGGCAAAAUAUCAGCCAAAAUCUCAAUUUAGGCUUGAUUGCUGGAUUUCCAUUUGAUUCAUCUAAAGUCAAAGACAAUAUCUUCCCUAGAACAGUUGGAAGAAGAUUAACUAAUGGGGAGGACAUGUCUAGUAGCAACUCUCACAAAUUUCCUACCGUUGUUGGUACUACUGUGAUUGAUGAUGAUUGUACUAUUGACACUUUCAAAAGAUGCACACAACUUCCCUGGGAAAUAUCAAAAGCAAAAGUAGCUCCAUCUACUCCAGUUAUGAGGAUUUUGAGAUGGUCUUUCAAUGACUUGAUGCAACUUUGUGCACAAUUAGAUUGCUUUGAAAUGGCUGAGCAGUUAUUCCUUCAGAUGCAAGCCCUUGGGUUGGAGCCAUCUCUUCAUACAUAUGAUGGUUUUGUGAAAGCUGCUAUUCACAGAAAUGGGGCUGCUUAUGGCAUGAGAUUGAUUGAAGCAUUGGAAAUGAAAAACAUUAAGCCUUAUGAUGAAACCCUUGCAGUUCUCUCAAUUGCUCAUAGCAAAGAUUUGGAACUAGAGUUAGCUGAAAGUUUAUUGGGAACAAUUUCUCAUGGUCUUCCAAAGUACAUGCAUGCUUUCCACAUCUUCCUUGCGGCCUGUAACAUUGUGGAUGAACCUGAACGUGCUAUUCAUAUGUUGGCCAAGAUGAAGCAUCUGAAUGUCAAACCCGAUAUUAAGACAUACGAGCUUUUGUAUUCCUUAUUCGGUAAUGUCAAUGUCCCAUAUGAGAAGGGCAAUAUUUUAUCACAAUCUCAUGUUGAGAAAAGGAUAAAAGCCAUUGAGAAGGAUAUGAUGAAAAAUGGAAUUCAGCACAGCUAUACAUCAAUGAGGAAUCUGAUAAGAGCUCUUGGAGCUGAAGGGAUGAUUGAAGAGAUGCUUCGGUACUUAAAUUUUGCAGAAAAUAUGUUAUGGCACAUUGACUCUGACCAGAUAACUGAUAUUUACAACAUUGUGCUACAUGCACUAGUUAAAGCCAAGCAAUGCCGUGCUGCUAUUGAUGUCUUCAAAAAUAUGAGGUUAUGUAAUCUCCCAACCAAUGUCGCUAUCUACAAUAUAAUGAUAGAAUGCUGUAGCAUUUUGCAAUGCUACAGAUCUGCAAGUGUACUGGUUUCCAUGAUGCUGCGUGACGGUUAUUAUCCACAGACAUUGACAUACACCGCACUUGUAAAGGUUUUGCUAGAAAAUGAAGAUUUUGAUGGUGCAUUGAGUCUUUUGAAUCAGAUGACCUCUGCCAAUAUCCAGCCUGAUAUUCAGUUAUUUAAUACAAUACUGAGACAAGCAUAUUCAAAGGGUCAAAUAGAUGUGAUCGAGUUCAUAAAUAACCGCAUUCAGAAAUUGAAAAUGCAACCUGAUCCCUCAACUUGCUGGUUGACAUUUUCUACAUAUGUAGAGCGUGGUUUUCACAGCACUGCAAUGGAAGCUUUGCAGGUGUUAAGCAUGCAAAUGAUCUCUACAGACGAUGCGAGUCUUGUAGAAAAGAGUUCGGCCUUUGAAGAACUUAUAUAUAAUGAAGAUUCAGACGCCGAAGCAAAGAUUUUAGAGCUAUUCAAAGAUUCACAGGAGUUUCUUGCAACUGCUUUAUUGAACCUACGAUUAUGUGCUUUUACUGGAUUUUCCAUUUCAUGGUGUUCCGAGGAUAAUCCGUGGUUAAGAAGGAUCUCAUCUUCUUACAGUUCCCGAACAAGAGUGAAAUCCAGUGUUUAGUUUAUUAACUCAAAAGCGGUUCUUUUGAUGUUUUCUGAUACAAAAGUUGGCAUAUGUUUUUUCUUGUCAAGAUUGCUAACCGUCGGGGAUCGAAGUGUUCAUUGCUAGCUGUUGGGGCCGAUGUGUUUGUAUUAUCUUAUCGGCUUUGCACAUGCAGAUUAGAGGACAUCUCCUGAAAGAGAUUUGAGUUUGCAGCAUUUGAGUUGGUUCGGAAUAUUUGUUGUUAUAGUUCAAUGAGUUCAAGAGAAAUUCAAACAGAUGCAUCUCUUGGAAGCCUAAGUGCACCAGCAAUGUGAUCUAAAUUAUGGGCUUCCCAACAUGAUGCAAAAAUUGUACUUUUUUCUCAAUAAUAUAUUUAUACAAUUUUGAAGGAAAAA